AUGCAGGUGCACUCGCCGUACCCGAUGGUUGCGCAACACUUGCAACCCACGCCGCACUCUCACUCGGCCGCACAAGCGACGCACCCGCACACGGCGACGCCACCACCGACGACGGCCAGCUUUUCUACCACUCAGCACACGGCGACGAAACGGUGCGAGUGGAUCGAGUGUCCCGGUGCCGAGGACGGGAGCAAUAAGGGCCACGCAUGCGAGGAGACUUGGAAAUGGGUCUUGAAGAAGAAGGUUGCCGUGUGCGCGUACUGCCGUCUUCAGGUGUAG